AUGGAUUUGACACAAGUAACUGUGCUUCGUGAGAACCUGUCGAACGAUGAGAACAGCACUGACGCACAGUUCUCCUUGCCGCACACAGAGCUGGUGGCUGCGCUCAUCAUCCUGGUGGUCACCGCGAUUAUACUGCUGACCAUAGUGGGCAACGUUUUGGUGAUUGUAGCAGUGCUCACGAGCCGGGCUCUCCGCGCGCCACAGAACCUGUUUCUAGUGUCUCUGGCUUCAGCAGACAUCCUGGUGGCUACACUGGUCAUCCCAUUUUCACUGGCCAAUGAGGUCAUGGGCUACUGGUACUUCGGAAGCACCUGGUGCGCAUUUUACCUGGCGCUAGAUGUGUUGUUUUGCACCUCAUCAAUUGUGCACCUGUGCGCCAUAAGUUUGGAUCGGUACUGGUCUGUCACAAAAGCGGUUAGCUACAACUUGAAGCGCACGCCAAAGCGCAUCAAAUCCAUGAUCGCUGUGGUUUGGCUCAUUUCUGCGGUCAUCUCCUUCCCUCCUCUCCUCAUGACCAAACACGGUGAGCGCGAGUGCCUGCUCAAUGAUGAGACCUGGUACAUCCUUUCCUCAUGCCUUGUGUCCUUCUUUGCCCCUGGGCUCAUCAUGAUUCUAGUUUACUGCAAAAUCUACAAAGUGGCAAAGCAGCGUUCCUCCACUGUGUUCGUGGCUAAAAACGGCCUGGAGAGGCAACCCUCUCAGUCAGAGACAUGUUUCGUUACAAAUAAAGACCGUUUUGAAACUGAAAGUCCAAGCAGCCAAAGCUCCGGGAGCAAUCAGCAGAGACGAGGGGAAUUGGAUGACAUUGACCUGGAGGAGAGCUGUUCCCAGUCGGAUACGAAACCGCGCAGCAACCGCUUCACAAAACGGAGAAAGGUGGAGGGCGCCAACUGCUGUCCUCCACAGAACUGCCGCCUUUCUUGGGCAUCCUCCCGGGCCGUACAGAUGCACCCGGAGCAACAGAAGAACCCCAGCGGGAGACAGCAACUCGCAGCUGCGAACAAAACCAAAGUGGCCCAAAUGCGGGAGAAACGCUUCACCUUCGUCCUGGCGGUGGUCAUGGGGGUCUUCGUUUUGUGCUGGUUUCCUUUUUUCUUUACUUACAGCCUGCAUGCAAUCUGCAGAGACAGCUGCUACAUACCUGGCGCACUUUUCAACCUCUUCUUUUGGAUUGGCUACUGCAACAGCUCCGUGAACCCAAUCAUAUACACAAUUUUUAACAGGGAUUUUAGGAAAGCCUUCAAGAAAAUUAUCUGCAGAACUAAACGCACAUAA